AUGUCGAACAUCCAGCGGCAGAAGUACUCGAUCAGCGCGCAGCAGCAGGAUGACUGGUGCAUCUUUUGCAAAUGCUUCGUGCAGAAAAACGCGACCGUGGCCGGGGCGAUCUUAUCGCAGAUCAUGUGCGUCGCGAUGAACCGUUCCAUCGUCGGCGUGUUGCUGGGGAUCAAGGGAACGCUGAACAAAACGAAGACGGUCGACGUCGACCCGAACAUGCUGUGCGACGUCGAGCGCGGCGAGUGCGUCGUGUCCGACGCGGGCACCGCCGCGCAGGACCUCGCGGACGCGAAGAAGGUCCUCAUUGUCCCCGGGUACGGCCUCGCGGUGAGCAAGGCGCAGUACGCGAUGGCGGACCUCAUCGAGUUGUUGCGCGAGAGCGGCAAAGACGUCGUCGUCGCCGUGCACCCGGUCGCCGGGAGGAUGCCCGGGCAGCUCAACGUCUUGCUCGCGGAAGCUGGCGUGCCGUACGACGUCGUGAAGGAGAUGGAAGAGGUCGAGAACGACGUGGACAAGUACGACGUCUCGUUAGUCGUCGGCGCGAACGACACGGUGAACCCGAGCGCGGUGGAGGACCCGAACAGCGAGCUCGCGGGGAUGCCCGUGAUUCAGGUGUGGCGGGGAUCCACUCCCUUCCCCGUAUCUUCGUUCGUUUUCGUUACAUAUCAUGGUCUACGUGUUCGUUUCCGUCGGUUCCGUUAG